AUGGAGAGCGUUUUAAAUUGCUUCAUUGACAGGCAUUGCAAAAAACGACUGGAAAGGAUAUGCCCUUCACGCUGCGAUGCUAUCUGGGUCAACGCAGAACUCAGUUCCGGCGAUGUGGACGGGAUUCCUAUGAUUUGCUCCGACGCAAUGUGCUGCCCGGGAGCGGCUGAAAACGACCAAGUUAGCGUUCCCACGAUACGAAACAGAUGUGCUUUUUUAGCUCUCUGUCGCCUCGCUUAG